CGUAUAGUUUUUCAUUAUUAAUUGCAGUGAAGACGAUUGUGUAUAUUAAUUAAUGUAUAAAAAUAAUAGAAAAGUUGUCAACUAUUGUUUUCUAACAAAGUUCAAGCUUGUGCAUUUAAAAGUUUUGUUUUGAGUAUGCAAAUAACCAUAAUUUUCAGAUAUAAUGACCGAAUUCAAAAUGUUUGAAAUUGACCCUAAACUGUUUAUCACUUGUAGACUUUGCUUAGAAAGUACGGGAGCUUACCAAAUAGUUCCUUCUGUGCAACAACAAAUUAAGUUCUGUUAUGAAAUUGAGGUUGAUCCUUUUGACGCACUACCACAGUUAAUUUGUAAGGAUUGUGAGUCAAUAUUAAGCACAUAUUUUAAAGUAAAAACUAAUUAUGUAGAGAAGCAAAAAAAAUUAAGGGAAAGACUACAACUUAAAAAUAAUCAUUCCCCGGGGACAACACACAGUCUAGCAAUACAGCAGGAAGAUGAUAAUGUAACUUCGUCUCAAGAGAUAUCGAGCGAGGGGAAUAUUGAAAACAGGAAGAGAAUUAUUAGCUUUCGUAGAUCUUUGUCAGAAGCAUCAGAUAGUAACUGUUCGGAAAAACCAAAAGACAAAAGAAAAAAUACCUUGGAAUCCACAAAAGAGCCAGAUGUUUCUGAACUGGGUUACAAGAAGUGGUUCAUAUGUAGAUUUUGUAACCAUCAGUGUAGCAGUAAAUCGAAAAUUAUAAGACACAUAAAUAAACAUUCGUCAAUGAAACAAAAGUAUAUAAAUUUGAUAAAACGCGACUGUUAUGUGAAAUUAGAAAAAUUGGAUAAUAAACCAAAUAUAUGUAAAUCCAAAAAGUAUGUUGUGCAUAGUCCUGAUAGAAUAACUCAUUCCGCGCAUAACUUUUAUUAUAUUAUUAUUAAGGCCAAAGAAAACACCCACAAUAGAUCUGAUGGUGAAUCAACUCCGGAACUAAAAGAUGUUCCUAAAUCAGACGAUAGCGAUGAUAAUAAAAUUCCGAUGAGUUGCAAAAAUAGACGACGAAAGAAUAGAAUACUUUCUAAUGAUACUAUUGUUAUCGGAAAUGACGAUUUAGAUACUUCUAUGUUAGACGAUACACAAGAAGCACCAGCAACACCUAAUCUUACAGAGAUAAGUGGAAAUGAAUGCAUUAAAAUUGAUGACUCUGACACUGAUUCAUUCAAAAGCAGCGAGAUUUUAACAAACAGUAGUACAACUUCAUCCUCAUCAGUAAAAAAUAAUGAGUGUAAAACCAUAAAUAAUAUAAUAUCCCUGUGUUUUAAGAGACAUUUAAAAAGAUUGGAAUCUAACGAUACUGAUGAUGAACCCAAUCUUACUACAGAAACACAUACAGCCAAAUUAGAUUCUCAAAUUAAACACAAAGUUUUAAGUAUAGGCAAAAAGAUGAUAAAUAAUUCUGCAUUUAGUUGUACUGGUAUAUUAAGAUAUUUGGAGCAUCAAAAUCUUGAAAUUGUAUGGACUCCUAAAAUAUCAAAUACAUCGAAUAAAAAGUCCGAUUGCGUUAGAAUAAUGAUGAAAUUAAAGAAUCGUGAUGAGAAUGAUGGCGAGUCUGGGUGGAAAGUUUUAGAGAAUCCAAACAUAGAUGGACAACCUAAAGGUAUAGAUGAUAACGCUAUUGAAAACGAGGCAAUUCCUAAGACCGUUUAUACAUGUAAUAGUAAGAGCGAUCAAAAUAACAUUGGAAGUAUUCAAGAUGAUAGCACAGAGAAUGAAGCCGAAACAGCGGUUAAUAUCGCUCGGGAAAAAGAUAGAUUGUUAAAAAAACUUCUAAACGAGAAUCCUGUACCGAACCCCAAAAAAUUAACAAAAAAAAUACAUUUGGCUAGUUUGUCUAUCAAUAAGAAAAAGAGAACGAAAAGCAAAGAAAACAAAUCAGUUCCAAUUGAAAUGCCAAUUAUUGAAACAGAUGAUAUGGUAAUGCCAGUAAUAACAUCGACUGUAUCUUUAGCAACGGUAGGAGACGCUGAAAAAAAGCAACGCAAGCGUAGCGGGAUACCAACCGUACCGAUUUCACUAAUUGCGGAACCGAUUAGCAGUUCGAGUACAAUACAAUCAAAAGACAGGAUGAAUCCAGAACAAGAACCGGUUGCAAAUUUUCCGAGAAUAAAAGUGAAACCUGCAUCCCAGUUGAUGUCAAACCCUGCUUUAAAUAUGGCAAAACAAUAUAUUUCGCAAACUAACAUGUUUACUCAAAGUCAGAAUGUAAACAUGGCAUAUCAAAAUAAUUUUAACGACGUUAAUAUGAAUAUGGCACCGAUACCUAUAUUAGACAAUGUGACCGGUUAUCAAACCAAUACUUUCACACGGGCAUUAUUUGGAGAAAAUUCUGUAUCAAAUAUGCCGAUGUCAUGUGAAAAAAAUGCUAGAGAAAUUGUUGUAAUGCAUUCAGUUGAUCUGCCAAAUACGAGAACAAAUAGCCCCUUUGACUAUUUAAAAAGACUGUUACAAAUUCAUAAUAUUUACUUAUUAAGCCCAACUGAAGUGACACCAGAUAUUAUCAGAGAUUUUAUUUGUCUAUUAAAAUUCAAGUUAGUUUUUCAGCAAGAAAGUGCAUCGCCGGUAGCGCUUUGUUUAGCUCUGUUCAACUUGAGAGAGAAAUUUUUUAUUAAAGUGAAAGGUAUUAACGAUUUAGAUAUUGACAUAUGUCGGUUAUCUCCCAACUGGCAAUGGGAAAUUCUCAAAGUUUAUUCCGGAGAAGUAGUCUCCAAAAUGCUGGAAAAUGCGGAAAAAAUCAGUCCGGAAGUUCUUAUGAACACACGCAAUUUCGUUUGUUACUUAAAGUCUAUUGAAUUUAGCAAAACUGCUUAAAACGUGUUAAGUUAGUGUAGAUAUAUUAUUUAAGUUUCGUAUUUUAUAUUUAUUAUACAGAUGAAACUGUUUGUGUAAUCGUGCAUACACGUAAAUGUCAUCCAGGUACUGUAUUUAGUAUAGUUUUGAUUAAGUUUGUUAAAUUAGCAUUUUAAUUUUAUUAUCUUGCAAUUUAAUUGUUAACUUGAUAAGACAAAAUAAGGGAUACAAUGUUGGAGUUAAAACGGUUUUGAACAUAAUGAAAUUAAAAUUCCUCCGAUUUAGGAAAUUUUUUU